AUGGCGGGUCAUGGGGACAACACAGAUGACUUCAAUCUAGAAGAUGCCCUGUUUGACCUCAGCACCAAGCGACGCUUUGAUUUGGCUGAUUACUUUGACACACCUCUGGAGACUACAACCAAACCAGCCAAGCCAACUCCAAAGCCCUACCCCAGGCCAGGGAAGCCAGACAACAGCUUUUGGGAUGUCAUUCAUACCACCACAACCAAGCAGCCAAAAACUACGAGGGCCCCUCCUAAGCAUAACCCAGGAAAGAAUCCUAUGGAUUUUGACUUGGCUGAUGCCCUUGAUGAUAAGAACGAUGGGAAAGAUGCUGGGAGGCCAAACAUAAGGCCAGGUGAAGGAUUUUCAGACGAUGACCUGGCCAGCAUUGUGGAUGGUGGCUACAGCCCAGACAAGAAGAAGGGUGCUGAGGGCAACACUGACAACAGCUACAGUGUGGCAGAGACAGGGACUAUCGCCGGCAUCGCCAGCGGCCUGGCCAUGGCACUCAUCGGGGCUGUCUCCAGCUACAUCUCCUACCAGCAAAAGAAGUUCUGCUUCAGCAUCCAGCAGGGACUCAACACGGAAUAUGUGAAAGGAGAAAACAUGGAAGCUGUCGUCAGCGAGGAGCCCCAAGUUAAAUAUUCAGUCCUGGAGACACAGUCAGCAGAACCGCCAAAACAGGACAGUGCGAAGAUAUAA